AUGGAUGAACUGCGUCCGAAUUUGGUUGGCGGUUUGUUGGGCUUGCAACAAGGAUUACUAGAUGACCAUGCGGCGAAUAUGCAACAUGCUGGGGUAUCUCAAGACACGAAAUUCAUGUCGUUUCAAGAUAAUCGGUUAAUGGGCAUUACUUCCUCGCAUGAAAACCGCUUACUCGGCCUAACUUCAUCGAUGCAAGAUACUCGUUCCCCACUCACAUCCAUCGACAAGGGCUCGCUUAAUCACCAACGCAAAUGCAGUAGUACACCCGAAGACUUUAGCUCAUUGUACUCCGGCUUGCCCACACCUGGCAUGGACACGUCUUCGCACCAUCACACACCCGCGCACACCCCACCAACGCGACUCUCUGACCAUUCGAUAUCCGCGGAAGGUGCAUUUAAGAAGCUCAAGCCCGAACCUAAUACGGGACUCUCGUCUGUUUCCGGCGGUGUCACGUCGCCCGGAAAUGGUUUAUCUUCGUUAAGUCAACAUGCCGGCCAUACACCGACCACAGCAUCCUGCCCGACUCCGGCGAGACGAAGACAUCGGACGACGUUUACACAGGAGCAACUAGCUGAGCUGGAGGCAGCAUUUGCAAAAUCACAUUACCCGGACAUUUACUGUAGAGAGGAACUGGCACGAACGACGAAGCUGAAUGAAGCACGAAUACAAGUUUGGUUUCAAAAUCGACGCGCAAAGUACCGAAAACAGGAAAAACAGCUGCAGAAAGCUUUAGCUCCAUCUGUGAUCCCCUCUUGCAAUGGCAUGAUGAGGAAUAUUCAAGGAUAUGGUGUAUCACGUGGUUACCAACCCUAUCCACAUCAUAAUUCGAUAAAUCGAUAUCCACAGGACUUAUUUCAAAUGGGCGCUUCCUCAUAUCCUGGUAUGACACAACCUUUCACAAUGACGCAUGGCAGCAAUAUGGGUUCCGUGGGGGUGCGGCAAGAUUCAAUGGGUAUGUCACCGGAGGAUGAAUGGUACAACAAAAGCUUAUCAGCCUUACGCAUGAAUAGUUCGCACCAUCCUAACUUAUCCGCGCCAAUGCUGCAAUAUCAAACAUAAUCGAAGACUUUUGACGACUUCUUUUAAAAUACAAAUAUGGAGCUAUAGGGAGAAAAUCUAGAUCCUGCUUCUCUGGGUUAUUCAGUAUUUGUAUUUUAAAGGAACGCCGUCAAGGGAUGAGUUACUAAUGUAUGUAGG